AAAUGAGUUGGCAACCCAAACAAUAUGGCGGACAACAGGAAUGCUCAUGGACAUAGAAACCAUUGACAUUACGUACUUUUGUAGAUUAUUGUCGCUUGUUUAGAUUCACAUAAAGUAGUCAUACAAAAUGGAUGAGCGGCUGAAGUGGUUGGAACUGAGGAUCAGCUCCUCAUUACGACCCAGAAAUGAGGACCUUAAGAACAUGUUUCUCAAUGAUGAAAACAGACUUGCCUUUUAUGAGUUUAUAAACAAUGAAGAUGUGAGGAAAUUGUUUGUGUAUAGCAAGGAAAGACAGAUUGUUGCUUCACUGAUUCCACCAUUUGAUCUGAAAUACAAAUCUAUCUUCUUCCUCAAGUGCAAUGCUGGAACAAAACUUACAAAAGAAAAUAUUGGAAAUGAAGUUUUUUACAUUGACUGCACAAAUAUACCUCUUGAACAUCUGGAGUUACUUAUCAGAGAGGUUUAUCUCCCAUUAAUGUGCACAAAUCAGGGCAAAAUUGCCACAGGAGGAGACAAAGUAAUGGAUAUCCUUCACAGACUCAUGUCGGUUGUAGAGGUGUCACAAGGACAUGUUGAGGGGCGCAUCAUUUUGAGUCUGCCCUCCAUAGAAGUCUUAGCAGAAGCAGCAGCUACACCAAACAGACGAGGCGCAGUCUUACAUGUCCUGGAAACCACAGUGCUGGCAUGGAUCAAACAAAUUAAGGGAGUAUUAAAACACAACCCAAUAGGAGACCUGUUUCACCACUAUGGACCAGAACCAGGACCUCUGGAUGAAAUCAAGAUGUGGGAGAGACAAUUGGGACGGCUGCACUCCAUUCUUCGACAGCUGGAAUCCCCUGUUGCAAAGGACAUCCUUCAAAAUCUGGACCAGGCUCAGAGUCAAUACUCUAGUUCAUUCAACCAUGUGAGGAAAGAUGUCAACAAGGCUGUAACAGAGACUAACAGGACCCUCCGAUUCCUUAGCACCAUGCAGUGGUUGUUUGAGGACUUGAACAGCAGCCUGAACCCUUGUCAUAUGCUGAAGUUGUUCAAACCUCUGAUGCAGGUUCUCUUUUUAGUUUGGCAACAUUCUGUGUAUUACCACCAAAUGGACAAAUUCCACAACCUUCUGAGACUUCUGUCUAAUGAAGUGGUCCACAGAGCAAUUGCUAUGGUCGGAGAGGACAUUCUCAGAGAACCUUUGGAGUCAUAUACCAAACUGAAGGAGGCCUUAAGGGUCUGUGCUGCAUUUAGAGGAACCUACCUGGAUUUCAAAGACAAGGCUGAUGACAAAAAUGCUCAAAACAUUGCUGAAAACGCUGAAAGAUUGGCAUCAAGACCACAGGGCACUUUGUUCCUGACCAAAAUGUACGGCCCUCAUGCCUACACCCCCAGGUAUGGCCUUAGGCAUGGGGAUGGUCACUCCAGCAGCGACUCCCUGAAUGAUGACGAACUGUGGACAGACAGCCCCUGGCCUCCACGAAAUGCCCCUUGCUUUGAUCUGCUGAACAGCUUUAUGGAAAGGUGCAAUGAUGUGCUGGAGCUAGUGGAGACCACUCGCCACUUCCGUCUGCUUGCAGAUGCCGCUGAGAUAGGUGGCGCCGGUAGUAUGAGUUUGGAUGCCUUGGUCAAGGAGAUCCAUGUCAAGUAUACACAGGCCAUGAGGGAGUUUUUUGCUGUAGUGGACAAUGUCCUCAGUAUAGAUGGAACUCAGAAUUUUGAGAGGGCUUUCUUCAGAUUUAGAACUGUGGUCAAGUCUUUGGAAAAGAGAUUAGCAGAGAUCUUGCGUCUGUCUUACAACCACUGUCCCACUGUUGAAUCUCAGCUGAGGCUGCUUGAAGUGUUUGAGGGAGUCAGUGGACGAGAGCUUGUACAGGUCCACUUGAAAGACAAGGACCAUCAAUUAGUACAGGCAUUUUCUGCAGAGCUGCAGACCGUUAGAAAUAUGUUUGAUGAACGCAGCAUCAGCCCACCUCUGCAUGCCAACAUGCCUCCCAUUGCAAGUCGUCUGUUCUGGGUCAGAGCACUGCAAGAGAGAAUCAAGAGACCCAUGGAGAAGCUGAGACGAGUGAGCCCCCACUCCCUGGAGGGGGAUGAAGGUUGGCAGAUGAGAGAUACUUACCAGGAGUGUGUAAAGGUUCUGGAAGAGUAUGAAAAGAAGAUCACCUUAGACUGGCAGAACAACAUCACAUCAGAGCUUACCAUGAAACUUAAACAACCUCUACUGAUUGCAGAAGAAUAUGAUGAAGAAGUGGAUAUUCGUCCACAAGUUGUCCAUGCCAACUUAGACUCUCAGCUCCUGCUUUUGCUGAAGGAGAUCAACUAUCUGUGUGGGGAGCCAUUUGAUAUCCACCUCCCAUCUGCUGCAAAAGAAUUGUUGAGGAACACUGAUGCUCAUGAACUGAGGACCACUGCUACUCGCCUGGAAACCAUUGUGUCUAAGUACAACAACAUUAUGAGGUCCAUCACUGAGUUUGAGAGACCUCUGUUCGAAAGGAAACUUGCCAAAAUUGACAUUCUAUUUGAACAAGGCUUACAACAGUACACAUGGAGGAUGAAGGAAUCGGCCGACUUCAUCGAGCAGGCCAUGUCUCUUGUCUGUGUGGACGUCCACCAGAACCUGGACAUCGUCCAAACAAAUUGUCAUGAGAUUGCUGGAAUCACAAUAUCCUGGUCCAUGGGAUCUCUAGAUGUGUUUAUCUCCAGGGAUCAGGAGAAAUCAUACUCCAUGGAGGAAUUACUCGGAAUGCAGAAGCAUUUAGAAGAUGACUUUGAAAACACAGUCAUACCAUCAGGCCACAAAAUCCAUCAGCUUGUGGAUACAUCAUUUGAGGCAGUACAAAUAAGUCAGGCCUCCCCUGCCUGGCAGGAUUAUAUCGACUAUGUGGAUGCCAUCGUUUUGGAUGGCCUCAAACAGGCCACUCUGACAAGUCUUAAGUCCAUGCUAAACAAUCUGGUACAGGCCAAUAUGGCUACGGAGGAUGACCUAGUUAUACCUAUCCUGACAAUCCGUCUGGAGCUAAUUGACAAUCGCGUAGCAUUCAGACCUCCACUGGACACCCACACCUCUGUUAUCUCAGUCCAGGAAUUGGUUCAUCAGUGGCUGGAUAGCUUCUUGGCCCGAGGAAAACUUGUCAAAAUGCUGGGCCCAAAAGGUACAUACCAAGACUACAUAUCAGCAGACGAGGAAGUCAAACAGCUUCUGCUGGACAUCAACAAACUGGUGGAUGAAAAUGGAGAAGAGUGCAAGAAACUAAUUAACAUUUUUGGAGACUAUGCAUUCCUUUGGCUACAAGAUGUUAAUUUGACCUUUGAGGAGUUUCUACGUGGGAAACUUUCCCCCAACCCCUUAAGGAGCCCCAACAGAACAUUUGCAGGAAUGGUCCGACAACAAGCAACUGAAAGAUCUAGAACUGAAUCUAGAGCAUCAUCUACAAGCAGUUUGAAUUCAGCAGGGCUGUUGGGAACAGCUGAAAGAACAUUCCUUACACCCAAAAACCAGCAAGAAGAAGUUUCAUCCAACAUACCAAGUUUAGAUGAAUUUGAUUCAGAAAUCGAAAUUUAUAGGACUGCCCGAGAUGAAAUCCAGAGCUUGGAGGAUUUCCACAGUGUUGGAUGGCUGCGUGUGGACCUGCAGCCAAUCAAACAGGUCCUUACAACUUAUGCUGCCAAAUGGAUGUGGACAUACACAAAGUAUCUCUCGGAUCAGGUGACCCACAUGUUGGAGAAACAUGACAUGUUCCUUAAGAGAAUUGAGCCAGAGAUUGAAGGAAUUACAGGCGAGGAGCGAGAUACUGCCUCUUUCAUGAAGAUGAUGAGACUCUUUAAUGAGGUUUCAGCACAGCAACUGGAGAUGGAUGGUAGAUUCACGGCUAUGCACAGAACCGUGUUAUUGCUGAAGAAAUAUGGACAGAAAUUACCAGAGAAGACGCAGGGUUUAUUCAGUGCUGCACCCAGUCGAUGGAACAACCUAAAAACCAAAGUCUCACUGGCCAAACAGAGACUGGGUCCCAGGAUUCAAGAGGAGUCCGUACGGAUUACUCAGGAUCUGGAGGCAUUUGGGGAAAGAGUUAUGCAUCUUGCAAAGGAGUUAGAAAACUCUGAUGUGUACAAUAGAGACUGUAAUAUAAGUGAUGCCUGGGUGAUUAUUGAUGGAUUUUCUAAGAGACUGACAAUUCUGGAAAAUGAAGCACAGGAUCUCAUUGAACUUCAAGGACUUCUAGAAGCUUCUGUUGUCAAUUUUGAAAUCUUGCCACAAUGCAGACAUGAACUGAACAACUUGAAGCAGGUUUGGGAGACGGUUCGUGUGAUUGAUGAACAGCAGUCUGAGUGGAAGAGGCACCGCUGGCAGAAGAUGAACACAAAGUUCCUAAAGGAGGAGACGAACAAACAGUUAGAUAUUGUCCGAGGUCUGCCUGAGGACAUCUUCACCUGGGAUGUCUACAUGGGGCUGCACGAAUCCAUUACCACCAUACAGGCUUGCCUGCCAUUGAUUGAUGACCUCAGUAACCCUGCAAUGAGAACCAGACACUGGAAAAAACUGGUUCAGGUCACCAAAGGAGGGAUUAACAUUGACACAGACUCGCUUAAGAGAAUGACCUUGGGUGAACUCCUGGGUCUUGGACUGCAGAAACAUGUGGAUGAUGUUCGAGCCCAGGUACAAAGGGCUGUUAAAGACCUGUCCAUAGAACAAAGUCUGAAGACUUACGAUGAGGUCUGGCUCAGUAAGAUUUUUGAACUGCGACCUCACACCCGAAUUAGGACAGAGCUGGAUGUUGCUCCAACCAAUCAGGAUCAGCAGAGUGAGAGUGACCACUCCCAACAACAGGGUCAGGGAGGACUUCCCCCAGCUGCCAGUCGCAGUCAGGCACGAACAGGAAGUAGAAUCUCCAACCAGAGUUCACACAGUAAAAACAAGCGAAGCAGUAUCGCAUCACUUCCUGCUUCGUUGCUGAACCUUGGUGAGGAUACUGGACACAUAAUGUUGUUGACCAACACAGACCCAAUCUUUGGAGAACUUGAAGCACACCAGGUGUCACUGCAAGCAAUGCACAGCAACAGUCUGGCAGGCAGCUUCAUGGAUGAUGUGGUCAAAUGGCAGAAACGUCUCCAGACCAUUGAGGCUGUCCUCAGGACUUGGCUAGAUGUACAGGAACUCUGGAUUGAGCUAGAGGAGGUGUAUUCCAGUACUGAUGUUAGGACCUCUCUUUCACAUGAUGCCAACAGAUUUGCUGUCCUCAACAAAGACUUUAGACUCCUCAUGAGGGCCACUGAGAAAAAUGCUAACGUGCUACAGAGAUGUACCAGGAAAAACAUACUGUCAAUCGUGGAACACAUGAAGCAUGGCCUUGAAACCUGUCGUAAGAACCUCCUCCAUCAUCUGGAGCGCCGUCGGCAAAUCUUUCCACGAUUCUACUUCUUGUCCAUGGAGGAUGUACUACACAUUGUCUGCAAUGGGUAUGACCUGAACCAGGUGAACCUGUACAUCAACAAGCUGUUUGAGAAUGUUGGCAGUAUUGUGUUUGAGGAAGUUGAGGAGGAGGAGCGGUACAAAUUCCUUAUCACCGGGGUCACUAGCUGUCUGGGAGAGAGGCUGGAAUUCAACCAACCUGUCGCAUGUGAGGGACAGAUAGAAACAUGGCUGUCCUCCUUUGUCAGCAGCCUGAAGGGCUCCCUCCAGUUCCAAAUGGCCACUGCCCUGGGGUACGAGAAGCCAAAGCCCAAGAAGAGAAUGAUUAGGAGUGCUGGGUCCAGGAAAGUGUCUGUGCCAGCCCGGGCCUCCAGUUCCCUUAGCAAGCAGAACAAAGGAGGGGAUAAGGCAGGUAGCCGAACAAGUAGCAGACAGAAGAAGGAGAGGGAAAAAGAAAAGGAACCAGGUGCCAGCCGUGCCUCUUCUGUUGCUGAGCAACUGUUGGGUGACCCAGAGAGAGACCCUCAAAAGUCCUGGACUCUGGACCAUGUAACUGAGGUUGUUUACUUAGCAACUCAGGUACAGAUGACAGAGCAGAUUUCAGAGAGUCUGGCUGCACUUGAUUCUGGAAACAGAGACAGUCUCAAGAAUUGUCUAGAGAAGAUAAACUCCAGCAUUAAGGCUACUGUGGAGUUGCUAAAGGGCCUAGAGGGUGAUAAAGAGGCCAAGGGACGGAAGGAAAAAACGGAGAGUGAAUUGAAGUCUCAUCGUUUGGGAGAUGACAAAGAAGAAUUCUCAGAGUCUGCUUCAGUUGCUGGGGCCAGAAGUAGUUAUGGUGGGGCAUCCAUGGGGCAGUCCAGGAAGGGCUCCAUGUUUGAUGUGGGGCUAGAAUCAGGCCGAUCCCCCAUCCCAGAGGAGGAGGGGUCUAUACAGGACCAUCAGGACUCUUCAGAAACCGGUGGUGACAACACUCAGCAUUCAAAAACUGACAAAACUGAUCAGAAAGCUAUGGUUGAACCCCAGACUAUGGAACCGAUAGACACAAUGAAUAUCAUCAACAUGCCUCUACCGACGAUCAAAGCCAAACAGGAAGAGGAAGCAGCCAAACAGGAAGAGCCCAUUGACAACUCAGAGCUUAGGCUCAUGUUGUUCCCGAGUCAGAUCCAGAAACUCACUUCCCUGCUAGCCUUAAUGGCUCACCUGAGGGACUUUAUGGAGAGGAUGAUAGAGGCUGAAAAUAAUGAUGCCAUUGGUACUUUCCAGUGGAGUUCACAGCUCAGAUAUUACUACAACAAAGAUAAUAAAGGGGUCACUGUAAAGUGCUUGGAUGCCGAGUUCGAUUAUGGCUAUGAAUAUGUGGGUUCCAGCAACAGAGAGGUGAUCACGCCACUCACUGAGCGAGUCUUUGUGGCACUGUGCCAAUCCAUAAAGGCACACAUGGGGGGCAUGUGUGUUGGAGCCAUGGACACUGGAAAGUUUGAGCUAGUUCAUGAGCUAAGCAGAUCAUUGGGUUACCCUCUGUACAGAUUUAAUUGUACCAAGACCAUGAACUAUGAACAACUACAAGACAUCUUCAGAGGAAUGGCUGCCACUGGAUCCUGGGUGUGUUUUGACAACUACAACCACCUAGCUCCAGCCGUUCUGAGCGUAUUCGCCCAGUUAAUGUCAUCUGUAAUGGAGGCCCUUAAAGCUGGUAAAGCAGCAGUCCAUCUUCAGUCAGAUGAUAUACAGCUUAGUCCCAGUGGGGCAUGUUUUGCUCUACUAGAUAGUGCAUUGAAGGUUCAUCCAGGAAACCCUGACAAACUCCUUCUAUAUCCGUCUGUUACGGCAGCUCUACCAGACUAUAUCAUGACCCAGUUCAGGACGGUCACCAUUGUACAGCCUGACCUUCACCUUACCCUAGAGGUCAUGUUAUGUAGUCAAGGAUUCAUACAUGGAAGGGAAUUAGCCAAGAAGACCAUGAUGGUUUAUGAAAUGUGUCGUAAACUGUUAGGUACCACGCAGUACAUCUCUGAAAACAUGACACAAGGUUGUGACAUAGCCACCAGUAAUGGAGGCUGGAGCAUUAAGACUCUGAAGGGUGUGGUAUCUGAGGCCGGGGCCUACCUGGAAAAGAACAUGAUGGAUGUGAUGGAGAUUGACGAGAUGAGCACAAUCAAAGAGGAGGAUGAGGACGGGGAGAAAGAGGAUCUACAAGAAGAUGGAGAGAAACAUGAGGAGGAGGAGACAGAAAAAGUUAAAAAAGAGAAAGUGCCUGCCACAGUUCCAGCAGAUGAUAUUUCUUCUGAAAUGAAACUGCGAGCAGAAGAGAAGUCACUAGUCAUGGCUAUCAGGGACACGUUCCUUCCCAGAAUGCAAGGCAGGGAUGCUAGCAUCUUCUGCACCCUGAUAACUGACAUCUGGCCCCAUGUUGACCUACCUAUGCUGUUUGGUGGAGAGUCACCAUUGUCCAAACUACCACAGUCAAGACUUAGUUCUCGGGCAAGAACAGCCAAGAGCGAUAACUCUGCUAGAUCUCUCAAAGAUCCUAUCUUCCACUGGAGAGAUUCCAUCAAUUUGAACACACCAGUUGUGCCCCUUGCUCAUGGAGCAGGAAGUCGAUUCAUGGUGGAUGGGCAGAGACAGGUGUUAGAGGACAUGCAUGAUGCCAUUGCCGUGGCAACAGGUGACCUUGGACUUUUGCCAGGAGUUGCUUUCCAAGGACGUGUGGCACAACUGGCAAAUCUGAAUGCCGCUCACCAAACAAUAUUUGUUGUUGGCCCUGCUGGAUGUGGAAAGAGUGAAUGUAUCAAAACAUUUGGAUUUUCUGAAAGAGAGCGAGGUAAAACCAUUGCUGUGCAGACCCUGUUCACUAAGGCUGUGGAGUCAGAGGAACUCAUGGGAUACUUCCACACCAAGAAUGGUGAAUGGAAGGAUGGCCUGUUGACUUCUCUGCUGAGGAAGCUGUGUAUCCAGCCUGCUUCCACUAAUUAUGACUUAAAGGCAACAGGGAAGAUGAAAAUCAUCCAGCUGGAUGGUGAGGUGGACCCCGGUCAGAUGGAGCUGCUUAGUGCGGUGCUGAACAAUGACGGGGCAGUGGUGCUGGGGAACAGUGAGAGAAUAAUCAUUCCAGAGACUGUCAGAUUCAUCUGGGAGAUGGAAAAUGUAGAGAAGAUGAGUCCUGCAGUUCUGGCCAAUGUAGGAAUUCUGAUGAUGACUUCACAAGAUGUCGGCUGGAAGAUGAUGCUGGUCCAGUGGCUUGAGAAAUGUGAUGAAGCAGACAAGGAACUUCUGACCGGGUUCUGUGAUGUUUACAUUGAAAAGACAAUAGAAUAUCUCACAAAGUGCUGCCAGCCACACAUGUUUGGUAACCAUGACACCAAGGGGUGUCCCCAAUACAAGAGGGUCAUCAACCAUUCCACGGAGAAUAUGGUGGCCACCUUUACAACACUUUUGGAUGCCUUAAUCACAAGGUGUAGAGAGCUGAGUGAUGUAGAGCUGGAAAGGUACUUUAACUUUGCGGCUAUCUGGGCUUUUGGAGGAACGCUUGAAGCCAAGUGUCGUGAGUCAUUCAGCAACUGGUGGAAAGAACAGUUUGAGCAGCACAUCGAUUAUCCAGAGGAGGGAACGGUGUUUGACUACUCUGUUGGGUCAGUUGAUGCAGUUGACCAGGGAACCCACGAGUUUGUACGCUGGGCAGACAUUCUUCCAUCCUACAGUAGCAGUGCAGCCAUGGGAAUUCCCCCAGAGGCUUUUGUUCACACGGUGCCAGCAGAGCAAAUGACAUUCCUGCUGAGCACAUUGACAGACUACCGUAAGUCUGUGAUGUUGGUGGGAGAAAAUGGCUGUGGUAAGACGGCCAUCAUUAACGACAAGAUCAGGACAGCUUACUCUGGAGAGGUAGCAGAAGUUCUUUCCCUCACCAUACAGGCUAACAGGUUUACCAAUGCCAGACUGCUGUAUGACCGACUCGAUGAAAGACUGGAGUGGAAGCAUGGACAGACUUAUGUUCCUAAGGGCAACAAACGUCUGCUGUGUCUGGUGGACGACAUCAAUUUGUCACAGGUUGACAAAUCAGGGCAGCAGACAGCAGUGGAGUUAGUGAGAGAACACAUUGAUGAUGGUGGUUUUUACAACCAGGACACACAUGCCUGGCGCUAUGUCAAUAGUGUCACUUACUGCACCACUGUCAACCCUAACACCACCUCCAAUGUCCCCAAACUCUCUCAGAGGUUCAUGAGACACUUUGCAGUCUUUGGGGUGCCAUAUCCAGACUUGGCAGACCAACAAAGCAUUUUCUCCAUCCUUCUCCAAACUCACUUCAUCGCUCCAGAGACUUCAAGUACUCAGGCAGGCCACCAUUUGCAUGAUGAAAAGAACCUGGUCAUUAUCAAGAAACAAGAGGAGGCCAUGAGGGGAUUGUUGAACCUGAUUGUGAAGGUGACAGUUGAGCUACAGGAUCGUCUGAGGGCAAUGUACCUCAUGACCUCUCAGAGGUGCCACUACCUCUUCACUAUGAGGGACCUCUCUGUCAUAUUUAAGAAUCUGUGCCUUUCUCUACGACCAGGCUGUACCAAGAGGAACUUGAUGUUGCUAUGGCAACAUGAGUGUACAUGGGUGUACUCGCACAGAAUGGUCAGUGAGGUUGAUGUCCGCAGGUACAGACAAGCAUUUGUCACUGCUGUCAAGAAGGAUUUCACCAAUGAUGAUGAGGUGACUCAGAUGUUGCGGGUACGUCAACCAUACUUCAGUAACCUGAUUGAGCAGGACAGUGGGGUGGUGACAGCAGGGAUGAUUGACACCCGUCACAGUUCCAACAUCUCAGAGGAGGAUGCCAAAACCGACCUGUACAAACCAGUCUUCAAGUUCAAGGACGUGAAGGAACUUAUGUCAAAGGGGGUGGAAGAAUAUAAUAAAAUUCAUCCUCGCAUCAAACUGGCUUUGUAUAAGACUGUUAUAGAACAAGUGUGUCGAUUGGCUCGUACCAUUGCCUCACCCCAUGAGACCUCCCACUCUGUGCUGGUGGCUGAGGGGUGCCCAGGGAGGGCCACAAUCAUUGCGAAGCUAGCAGCCCACCUGUGUGGCUAUACAGUCUACCAGAUCAAUCCCACUUCCAUGGGAUCCACCACAGAGUACAAAAUGGAUCAGUUCAAGGCAGACUUAGUUCAAGGCUAUACUAGGGCUGGGUCAAGAGGUGAGAAGAUCCUGUUGCUCCUGCAUGAGGAGGAGUUAUUGGAGGAGGACUUCAUUGUGUUCCUCCAGGAGUUCAUCACAGGAGGGUCCAUCAGUCAUCUGUUUGCCUACGAGGAGCAGACGACAAUUAUCAACUCCAUCAGAACAGAGGUGACACAGGCUGGACUCACCUACACCAGGGACGUUGCGUGGAACUUCUUCCUCAGAACUGUGAGAAACAAUUUCCGAGUGUGUUUCAUAAUGAAUGAGGGCAAAGAGGCUUUCCAGAGACGUUGCAGAGAAUUUCCUUCAUUUUCUAAAAAUAUCAACUUCCUGUGGUUCUCGCACUGGUCCAAGACUCAGCUGGUUGAGCAUGCUCAGUAUCAUUUCAGAGACCUUGACUGGAUGUCUGACAUUCAGAGAGAGAACAUCUCCCACAUGUUGGCCUCCAUGCACCUUGUUCUCCGUCAGCAGGAUGGACAGGAGAGCGACGCCGGGGAAUACUGUCACAUAACCAACACCAGCUACGAGAAAUUCGUGGAAAGAUAUAUAUCCCUUGCCACUGCCAAAAACGAAGAAGUGAAUACAGGCCACAAAUCAGUGACAAAAUCAUUGAACCAUAUCAAACGUGAGAAUGAAGUUGCCCUCAAACUGAGGAAACUACUGGAGCAUGAAAUGAUUGUGUUGGAGGAACGUAAACAGGGGACCAUUAAAAUACUGUCUCAGAUAGGGAAAGACACUGCCAUCACAGAACAACAGAUCAAAGUAGUCAAGACACAGCUGGACAGGAUCUCAAGGCUCAAAAAGUUGUUGCCUGAAUUCCAAGUUGCCCAUGAGAGAGCUGUGUACAAAGCCAUAGCCAUUGUGGCAGACACCAAGAAAGUGAUUCAGAACAUGGACAUUGAGAAGCUUAGUGAGCUGCGGGGCAUGAACAAGCCCAUACUGGACAUCGAGGAUCUGAUGACUGCCAUCAUAAUGAUCUUAAAAUCACCAUCUGCAGACUUAACAUGGCAGAAAGGAGCAAAAAGACAAAUGGCCAACUUAGAAAGGUUCAUAGAAGAGUUAAUGUCUUUUGAUGACAACCAACUGCCAGAAAACACACUAAUGUUGGUAGAGCCCUAUCUGAAAAAGCCUAGUUUUGACCCCGCAGCCUUAGAGAGAAAGACCAGCAACUCAGCUUGCGGUGCCCUCUGCAAAUGGGUAAUUGGAGUGGUGCGAUACCACAGGAUGAUGAUCUCCAAAGUGAAACCACUGCACCAAAAAGUGGAAGAGACUACCACAGCAGUGGAUGAGGCAGAGCAUAAGAUGGCAACUCUGGAAAACAAACGAAAGUCACAUGAAGUAAGACUGAAUGACCUGUCUAAAGGAUUUGAGGAAGCAACUAUUGACAAAAAUCAGCAGGAAGAAAAGACCAAAACAAUGAAGAAAAAACUAGAGACAGCUGCUCAACUCAGAAAGAUUUUGAAAGGAGAGAGACAGAGAUGUCAGCAGAUAUAUGACUCCUUUGAACGGCGCUUGGUGUCAAUACCAGGUGGUUGUGCCAUGGCCGCUGCCUUUGCCACAUAUCUUGGUCCAUACCACCACAACUUCAGACGAGUCAUGCUGACUAUUCAUUGGCCAAAUUGUCUGAGGGAGAGAGGAAUACCUCUGGUGAUGGACAGCAUUGAUGGAUUGAAAGGUCGAGUCAUUGACUGGACCAUUGACUUCCUAAAGACAGCCACAGGAGCUAGCCAAGUGUACGACAUAGACUACACCUCAGCCCUGCUUGGUCAGACAGCGGACCAGGAUGACUCCAAUGUUACUCAACCACAGGAUGAAGAGGAGGAACAGCCUGUGGUAGCUGACAAUGAAAACAAGGAAGAGGAAGGAGAGGUUAAGAAUGGAAAGGAGGAAAAGGAGGAAGACAAGGAGGAUGGCGAGGAGAAAGGAGAGAAAGAGAAGUCAGAAAAAGAGGAGAAGAAGGAGGAGGAGGCAGAGGAACCAGCAGUCACAGAAGACAAAGAGGCGGAGGAAUCAGACAGAGGGAAGGAGAAAUCACUGGCCAAGAUUCAGGAACAGGAGGAGGGUAGCGAGGGGGAGAGCGAGGUCACUCAGUCCACCACCCCUAUGAUAACCUCUGUACAGUACAAUAAGUAUGUGCUGUCCCUCAUCAAGCUUCUAGUAGGGGAGAGAACUCUGAAUGACUGGACUCGCAAAGACUUUGGACCAAGGCAGAUAGAAAAUGCAGCCAUUUUGUGUUCAUCAUGGCAACGACCUCCUAUGAUGAUUGACCCUAAUGGAGAGGGAUCUAUUUGGCUGGGAAAACUCAAUAAAUUAUUGAAUGCUAAGAAGCUGGUGUCCUUAGACAUGGAAACAAGGUCCGACCCACAUGUGCUUAUAACAUUGGAGAAAGGGAUUAUGAGAGGAAAGCCUAUUUUACUGAUGAAUUGUGAUCAACACAUUGACAAUGUCAUCACUCCUCUCAUCCAUCAUCGCAACACAGCUGAAGAAAAUGACAAGGAGGAAGAGGCUCGCAUGAUAAAGUUUUGUGGGCGCAGGGUUUUGUGUCAGCCUGACUUCAGAUUCUACUUGUCAACACCACUGGCCAAACCUCGAUUCAACCCAGAAGUAGCAUCAACAACAACCUUGAUAAACUUUGGAGUGUCACAUGACACACUGACCGAGGACUUAUUAACUCGGGCUUUUGCCAGAAUGAGACCGGAGCUGUAUCAGGAGCGGUGUAGGGCUCUGAAGAACCUACAGCUAGAAAAAGACACUCUACUUCAUUUAUCAGAAAUUGUAAAGUCCCAUGUAUUGUCCAACCAAGCAGGGAUUCUAGGAAGUGCCAAAGCACUCAAAUACAUUACAGACAUGACCAAUGCUAAAAUUGAGCUAGCAAACAGAUUGAAUGACACCCAGGCACUUCUGAUACACUUGAAUGACCUCAAGGAUGACCUAUUCCCCUUGGCUCGACGUGCAGCCAUGUUGUUUUCCAUUAUCCGUAGCUUGCAAAGUGUUCACAAUGAAUACCAGUUCUCCCUGCAUUACUUUAUUGAAUUGUUUGAUGAGGCAGUAGGAGGGGAACUGCCACCAGAAUUCCUGAGUGCUGAUGAGGAUGAAGGGGGUUAUGAGGAUGGAGAGGAAAGUUCUGCUGGUGGGGCCAUGCAAAAGAAGCGUAAGGGUAGCAAUGCCAGUUCACAAGGUUCCAAGGCUAGUGCCACAGCAGGAACAGGGGACAAACAGACCCUGAAGUCAGAGAAAGAUGGAGAGAAGGAUGAAUAUGCUGAUGACUUUGAAGAGGACAAGACUGAAGAAAAAGCUAAGGAAAAGGAUAAAACUCCUGAGCCCCCUCCUGAAACUCAGUUAGCAGGAGAUUCUGCUAGUACUGCUGCAGCUCAGAAACUUCUAGAAGGAUCAGAGUCUGAUGAAUUACCUCCACUUGAUAUCCCAGACCCAGUUCCCUUGCCAACAGAGGGUAUAAAAUAUGAAAGUCUCUCAGCCAAUCAGAUCAAGCAGGUCAUGGACAAGAUGACUGGAUUGGUGUACAGGAGGAUAAGAGAAGCCCUAUAUGAAGAGGACAUCUUACUUUUUGCCACAUUGUUGUGCCUCAAUAUUGAGGCAGAGGCAACAGAAAACUUUUCCAAUGAGGAAAUGUCAUUGCUUCUGCAGGGUAACCCUGGCUUGGGAAUGCAGUUGACUUUGGAUGACUUUGACUGUAAGGAUCCACCUCCCACAUGGCUGCCUCAGGAGAAGUGGGAGGACAUCUUGGCUCUGUCUGUCCUCCCAGGGCCAUUAGAUAGUCUUUGUGUCCACAUUGCUCAGAACUCAGAGUCCUGGAAGAGUUGGUACAAAUCUGAGUAUCCAGAGAGGGAGCCACUGCCCCUGGCCUCAUCAGGGGGAGAGGAAGACAAACGUCCAUCUUCUGGAGGGAGUAAGAACAGUCAGAGUAAUGGCAUGAAGACCCCUGACCUUGGACCUCUUUCUGACUUUCACCAGCUUCUAUUGCUGCGCAUGCUUAGACAGGAUCGUCUGCUAGCAGCUUUGGUUCGAUAUGUAAACAAGCAUCUUACCAUUAACUUACCAGAGCAAACCGAAUUUAAUUUAAGUGAUGUCCUACAAGAUGCUAAGCGCCACCUAGGAGUGUUACUAUUGCUGCCCCCUAGUCUGUCACAAAGCCAGCAGCAUCCAUCUAAUCGUCUGCGUUUGACAAAACCACCUUUGGAAGUUCUCAAGAAAAUGGCACAGGCCAUAGGCGCCCAAGUGGAGACUGUGCGUGUGGGUGAUGGCUGUGAGAUUCUGGUGGAUGAAGCUAUAGACAGUGCAGACAAAAACGAUGGCUGGGUGAUCAUUGAGGACCUACAUCUGGCUCCAGUCAAAUUCUUCAAUGAUUUGAAGAAGCACCUGGUCAGAGUAGCAAGAUCAAGAAGUAAUGCCCAGGAUGACAAACAAAAAGGAAAUCGUUUUUGUGUUUGGAUUACAUCUGAGCCCUGUCCCCUCAUCCCCAGAUUCUUGCUGCAGAAUUUACAUAAGUUAGCUUGGAACCACAUAACUGAAGAUGUCAUCAACUCAGGGCCCACAAAAGGAGAGGGCAAGGACACUGAGGAAGGAAAGCAGACCCAGAGUGCCCCACUGGCUAUCACAUACAGGUCCCCUGGAACGUACCUCCACUCUGCAAUUGUAUCCACCCUCAAACAAGUUCCAGUGGAUUUGCUAGAUAAAGUAUCUACAGAACCCCAGAUGGUUCGCACUAUUGCUUUUGGUCUGGGUGUCAUCCAGGGAAUGCUGGUUGCUCGCCAACUGUUUGGUGCUCAGGGUCUGAAUCAGUGGUACCCAUUCAACCGGGUUCAGAUGGAGCAGGCUCUGUUUGCUCUCACUGGUAAAAUGCUCAAAACUGAAGACCAGCAGGCCCCUAAAGUGGACACCAUGGCUGAGAUAUUUGCCAAGGCUGAAUCACCAUGGCCAACCGAUGUGACAGCCAGACCAGAACCACCUCAUAAACUGGUUUUGUCUGGUUUUGUUCACCAGUUGAUUUACCAGAAUUGUGUACUGACCUUCAGUGACAUGGAUUAUGUGGAGGCAUGUGUAAAGAAUGUCCUCAAUAGCCUGUACCAAGAUAGUACUGGCAGUCUAGUACUAGGCAGUGUGGCUAUCCCAACUCCCCCUGCCAAUGUCGAUCCAGUGGAUUUUGGACAAUGGUAUGAGAAUAAUGUGGAUGAAGAGUUUACUCUGGGAGCUCUACAGCUACACAGCAGUGUGGAGAAGGAAACCAUCGACUCGGAGGCCACUGACUUCAUUCGUAAUCUGGACUUGAUGUUUGAGACCCAGACCAUGGAAGCAGGUGAUAUUGCUGGCAGUCAGAAGGGUAGUGCAAACAUCAUGAGACUGCGGUCAUCCCUGGACAUGUGUUCAGAGGAGCUGCCCAUGCUGCUGGAGCUAGGACAAGUAGGAGACAUGAUCAAACAUGACUAUGACUUCCCCUACCACGUCCCCAGCAUUUUGAGUUUGGCCACUGCCAGUAGUUCCCAGAUGCCAGAGACCAUUGGCUACUGUUUGCUACAGGAGUGUCUUUGGAUGAACAACUCCCUGUGUCACAUUAGGCAGCAGAUCCAUGACCUACAAGGCUCUCUGCUGGCUGGUCCAGAGGCCAUCUCCCAGGAGCUCCUGCCAACAGCCUGCUGUCUACAGGAGGAACAUGUCCCUGUAUCUUGGAUCCACCCCAACUGUCAACCCUCUACUCACUCCCUAGUAUCCUGGCUGGAAGAUUUGAAGAAAAGGCACAACCAAUUACAUAACUGGGUCAAACACAGCAUGGUUCCAGUUUUCAAGAAUGGCAUUUUGGAGAAUCCGACAAUUGCUGCAGGUCGUCUGGGGAAAGUUUGGCUUGGAGGGCUGGUCAACCCUCAGGCCCUCUUAGUGGCCAUCAGACAGGAGAAGGCUAUUGUAGCCCAGUGCUCAAUGGCUGAGACUUCAUUUGAAUGCAUUGUACUGGACAACAUCAACACAGAAGAAUAUGACGUGGAUGAGGGUGGAAUGUUUGUUAGUAAUAUCCAUCUACAAGGGGCAGCCUGGGAUUACGAAAAUGAUUGUCUUAAAGACCCUGUCUCCUCUCUGUAUAACAUUCCAUAUAUGUACAUGAAGCCUGUCUUAACAGCUGAACAAGCAGACAAAGUCAACAAACAGACCAUAUACCCCUGUCCUAUUUUCAUGAACAAGAGCCGGCAAGUUCAGACUACCAUAGUGAACUUAAACUGUCCAGUGCCAGUGGAGAAGUGGAAGAUGGCCAGAGCUGCCCUUAUACUAGACCCUGGUUUACCAGAAGAUGGUGUGAAGAAAUCUCGAUCUUACAUGAUGCUGAUGAAAGCUCCUAUGAUGCCAAUGCAAGAGGAGGAAUCCAUUCACUCAGAUGAAGAAGAAGAGGAACUCAUUGAGCUUGAACAAGGAGAGGAGAUUGAGAACUCUGAACAGUCUCAGAUGUCCUACAGGCCACUCAGUCCUAAAGCUCCACCCCUUCCUCCAGGAUUAGCCCUACAGAAAGAGCCUCCAAUGGAAGGAGAUCAACCACCCGAAGUAAAGCAUUCAAGUGUGAAGGGAAGCAAGGAGUCUGUUUAUAGUCAAGGAAAGUCUGAUGGAAAAAAAGGAAGUCGAGCAGCAACACCUACAAAAACCAGUGACAGAUCUGGUCAUCAAUCUCCUACUGUGGCAAAGUCUGGUUCCAGGCCCCCAACCAGGACAAGUAUGAGUAGUAAGAAGUCCAAGGGCAAAGAUAAGGCAUCCUCAGAGGAGGAAGUUAAUGACAAAUCAAGCAAUGCCAGGCCCCGGUCUGAGCACGAGGACCCAAUUACACAAGUGGAAAUUGAGCACAGUGAGGACGAGGCUGGAGGCGAUACAGAGAGGAAAACAACCCAACAGGCUAGUGAUAGAAGUUCAGAGGAAAAUCAGAAUCAAUAUGCCUCCUCAAUGAAAAAAUCAAAGUCAGGGACAAGUUUGAAAGGUGGAUCCACACAAGAAUUAAAGAAAGGUGAAUCAGUUCAUAGUUUGAAUAAAGAGCCAUCCACCAAAAGCCUCACAAAGCAGUCUUCAACUCAAAGUUUGAAAAAAGGGUCUUCUGGAGAAAAUUUAUACAAGACAAAAUCCAAGGAGAGUUUGAAAAAAGCACCAUCUGAGGAGGACCUUCAGAAGACAGAGAAUUCGAAUCUUAAGAAGACAAAAUCAAAAGACAGCAUCACUGAUGACCAACCUUCCGAGAGCUUACAUAGAUUCAAAUCAAAAGAAAGCUUGAAGAAGACUUUCUCAGGAGAUGACAUCAAAGAAGCUCCAGAACAAGAGGUUUCCCAGAAGGGGUCCGAAAAGACAGCAUCCCCUGCACCCCCUAGCCAAAUUAAAGAAAAGGGGUCAGAAUCAGAAAUCCCAAAAGAGACAACUGCAACUUCUGAUGACAACCAAAAAGAGGAAACAGACGAUAAACAACCAAGACCCAACAGUGAGCAAGACCAACCUAAAGAACAAGAACCAGGUCAAGAGCAGGAACUAGCUAAGCAAGGGGAAACAACUGAAUCCAAAGACAAGGAGGACUCAGACAUGAUAUAAUCAGACAUAAAAGCUGUCUUUGCUACUGCCAUUUAGAAUUUCAUCAAGAUUUAUCCAAGAUCCUUUAAACAGUUGCUUCACCAAUAAAGAAAUAUUUACUUAGUCUGUAUUGUUGCAAUACUACCAUCAAACUUCUGACAUCUGAUACCUAUGCUGAUAAUACUGAUAUUUUAAAAUAGAAGACAAAUUGUGAUUCUUUUUCAUUUUUUACUGAAUAGUUGAUUCAGUUUGCAAAUGUUGAUGAGUGCCUUAACAAGAAAUAUGAUCUGAAAAAGAGAAUGUUAAAGCAUUCCUUCUAAAACUGCUGACUCUGGGAUAAAUUCCUAUUUGUUUGAUGAAUUUGUUUGAUGAUAUGCAUUGGGUAGGCAUUCCAACUAUUAGGUGUAGAAUGAUAUUUGAUUACAGCAUUCCGUCCCAUAUAUGUAAGAACUGCUGAAAAAGCUCUAUAUUUGUUAUAUUUUUUCAUAUUUUUUUGUAUUUAUUAUAUACAUUUGUUAUGUCUUCUUUUUUGUUGCCAGAUUUUUAUAUGUUGACAAACUUUGUGAUAGAUCCUUAAUGCAUCACUGUCAAGAAAUUCUAUGAAUGUUGUGUAUAGAGAAUAUACAGUACCUGUCAUGUUUAUAUAAAUAGUUUUAAUAAUUAUUGCACAUUGUUUCUUGGAAACAGAGUCUACCAUAAUAUGAUUUUUGUGUGUUGAAAUUUAUUGAGAGUACUUGCAUACUUGAUGAAUAAACUGUAUUUCAGUGGA